AUGUCUGAAACCGGCAAGCUACACGACACUUCACAGUCCUCAAGCCGGCGUCGGUCCCAGUCCCUCACGGAUCGGGAGACGCACCAGGAGGGAGAUGGGCCUCCCAAAUGGGAAAAAGCAGGGGAUCAGACCACGAGCAACCCGGAGCUCUUCGACUUUCUGGCGCGAGUCUCUUCGAUAAAUGGCCUCGAUUCUACUCGCUAUAUUGGUGGAAAGAAUCGAAAAGGCUCCUAA